GAAUAAUUGUAGCUGAAUGCGCUGAGCGUAACACAUGUGAACGCAAGUGCCAUUGUCGACGUGUUAAAUACAAUGACAGCAGCGACAAAUACCACUACAUCUGUAAAACUAACACAAGGAGAAGUUUCAAAAUUAGCCGACUCGUUAUCAAAAGUUGCGGACAUCUUGAAAUCUAGUCCCAGAACGGUGAAUAUAACAACAAGCAUGACACAAGAUUUUCUAACAUCAACGAGCAACCUGUUGGGGGAAAAAGAAACAUGGAAAACAAUGAACAAAUCGGGUACAAAUGAUGGCGGCAAAAUUUUGAAAGCAGUAGACACAUUGACGGACGUACUGAGGAAAAGGUUUGAAGCCGAUUCUACAAUAAAUAAGACCUUUUCAACCACAAAUAUUGCACUCGAAUUACUUAAUAUAACAGGUAAUGAAGCAAUUAAAUUUCCCGGCGGAGAGUUCGCAUAUACACCGGCUUGGCUUGAAAGUACGAAAACUGCAAUAACUUUUCAACCGGGUAAUCUUAGUGCUUCAUUUGCAACUGGGGUCCUUUAUCGAAACAUGUCCGACAUUUUGACGACUCACUCUUCAAAUGACUCAGACUACACUGAAAUCCGUGGACAGGUUGUGGCGUUUUCGGUGUCUGAGACAAGUGUUAACUUGACGAAAAAUAUUACCAUACAGAUUGAACAUUUUUCGCCAAAAUUUACAAAUCCACAAUGUAGUUUUUGGAAUGCACAAUCAAGUGGCAAUGGACAAUGGUCAACAUCGGGGUGCUUCUUUGUUAAUUCAACGGACAACCUCACAACAUGCGAAUGUAACCACUUAACCAACUUUGCAGUUUUAAUGAGCCCUUUUGUAGAGGUUGACAAUGAUCUUCCGUUAAGACUGGUUUCCAUCAUUGGAAUGAGUGUCUCAAUUUUCGGCCUACUACUGACGGUCUUGCUUCAUGCGUGUCUUUGGAGACAGGUGAAAAACAACAGGUCGUCCCUUCUAAUAAAUUUGUGUGUGGCCUUACUGUGUGCAUAUAUUGUGUUUCUUUCUGGCGUGGAUAGAACGGAAAGUACGGCAUUCUGUGCUGCUGUUGCUGCUUUACUCCACUACAUAUACUUGGUGGUAUUUUGUCUGAUGCUGGCUGAAGGUAUAGAGAUAGUGAUCACUGUUGUCUAUGUCUUUGCCACCAAGUCAAGGGCUAGACCACUGAUUAUUCUGGCAUGGGCAAUUCCGGUCGUAAUAGUGGGAAUUAGUUUGGGUGUCACGAAGACAAAGGGGUAUGGAAACAAAAACUUUUGUUGGUUGUCUAUAAAAGAUGGCGUGAUUUGGGCUUUUGUUGGACCAACUCUACUUAUAAUUAUGCUGAAUGUUGGAAGCUUGAUCAUUGUGUUGAGGAAACUGUUUACAACGAAAGCCAUGGAAAAAAAGAACUUCAAAGACAAGAUCCUCACCAGUGUGCGGUCCCUGUGUGUGCUGGUACCAUUGAUGGGCGUGUCCUGGAUACUCGGUAUCUUUAUCGUCAACGAAGAUCUCGCCUUCAUGCAAUACGUUUUUGCCGUUUGUAAUGGCUUACAGGGCUUCUGUAUUUUCCUGAUCCACUGCGUCUUUAACCAAAAGAUGAGAGUGGCUUUAUGCAUCCGGUAUCGUCGAUUUAAAUCCGAAGCCGACACAAAAGACUCCAGACAUAAACGAUCCAAUGCCACGAGUAACAGUACCUCUGACUGGAGGAAUUUGUUUCAUGAAACCUCGACGUAUGAUACCAUUGAUGCAUCUACCGAGAUUGGAAAGAUUAAGCGGCCGAAUGUGGAUUAUUAACCUGCGUCCAAUGAGGACAAUGGUUACCAUGAUGACAAUGCGGUAGGAUACACAUCGUUGGGUAUGAGCAAUUCUGGAUACCAAGCAUAUGCGGGCUACAAUAGACACGAUAAACAUUUUUCGAACAAAACAAAGGCCGGAUACGGCGACUAUAGGAAAUACACUUCAACAAAACUUUAGAACUGUUCGCAUACACCACACAUGGUAUUCAACACGUGCCAAUGAUUAUAAAUCAAAUAUUGGUUGUUUUGUGUUGGACGAUUGUUGUUAUAAUAGGUUUAAAACAAAGCACUUUAA